ACUGAGUCUGCACAUUUAAUUAAGGUGACAAAAGAUGGAAAUGACCAUAAAGCAUUGUUAUUACACCAGAUUAUAACAUCAUAAAUGUCCAUAAAAUAAAUGAACACCUGUUUAAAAUGCUUAAAUAAAAACUAAACAUUAUAACCUUCAUUAAGGAUUUAUUGCAGGGCUGUUAUAUUAUACUGUAUUAGUUUUUUAUAGGUGUACAUAACUGGCAAGUGAGGUCAUUUAGAAUUUACAUGAGGUAGAGCUAUGUAAACAGAACCACUCACAGAUAUAGAGGAUAAAAUAAUACAUUAUAUUUAUCCAAGUUAUACAGCUGGGGACGUGUUAAACAGAAGGAAUUCAUGAAAACUAGCUUUGUUUAUAAGCAAUAGUCAUAAAAUUAACAGAGCAUUAGUGUUAAAGAGUAAAGUCUACUAUCUGUUCAACCUGGUGCUCAGCAUGUGCAGCAGCCCUGAUAAGAAUGAGAUAAGACUGAAGAGGCAAAGCACAGAAAAUACAUUUCUCAAGACACUCACAGUUAUAACCUAUAGAAGCAUCACUGAGGCGACCACCUGUGAAAAUGGAGUGAUGAAAGCGAAUAGAGGACAGAGAAGCAGUGAAACCUGAAGUCUGUCUGCUGCAGGCUGUCAGUCUCCGCUUUCUAACCAAUCACAAACCGGACCAAUUUCCACACUAACCAAUCAGACGCGGUCCCGGAGAGACUCUGCAUCCGGAUCCAGUUGAAUACGGAGAGCAUCCUCCGCUGAACAAAUCAGGUAAAAAGAGAAAGAGAUACCACAUCACAAAUGGGGCGCAGAAAGUCAAAAAGAAAGCCGCCUCCCAAGAAGAAAAUGACGGGUAACCUGGACACUCAGUUCACGUGCCCAUUUUGUAACCACGAAAAGUCCUGCGACGUCAAAAUGGAACGAACCCGCAACACAGGAAUUAUAUCAUGUAGCGUUUGCUUGGAGGAGUUCCAGACACCCAUAACCUAUUUGUCUGAGCCAGUGGAUGUUUACAGUGAUUGGAUUGAUGCCUGUGAAUCAGCCAAUCAGUAGUCAUGUUUCCCAUCUUGUGACUCACCUUCUCUAUAACCUCACCCACAUUUCACGUAGGGCUGGGUAUCAUUACCUUUAAGGUAUCGACCGAAAUAAAUCGAUACCAAGUAGUAUCAAAAUGUCUCUCGUCAAACGAUACCUGAAAUCCAUCCUUUUUGCACCCUGAGCUAGAAAAAAUAUGACUAUUUUUAUGGACUUACUCACAGCCAAUCAACACAUACAGUCUUUGAUUGAUAAAUAUUAAUAAUUUUAAGACUUCCAAAAUGCAUUUGUGUAAAAAUCCAAUCAUUUACAUGUGAAGGAGUGGUGGUAUUUUGUACAAUUUAACACUUCUAUUCACAUGAUGGGUAUCGAAUGAAGUACUAGUAUCAGUAGUAGUAUCAGAAUCACUUUAAGGGUACUCGGAUUGGUACUGGUAUCGUAAUUUUUUAAACAAUACCCAGCCCUAAAUCCACUGCUU